UUAAAUAAAAGAGAACUGCAGCGUAUAUACUCUGUAAACCACAAGAUGAUGGUUUUGAGAUCAUUCUUGCUAGAAAAUCCAUAUAAAGAGUUAGUGUUUUAAAAGGUUACAUGCAACUUUUGUUCUUGCUCUCCACCAUGAGGCAGCUGUACAUCAUGCUCUUUUUAACCUCCAUGAAUUGCAGUAUGCACUACAAAGGAAGGGUCGUGAUUGUCCUGGAUCCACCCUGGGAAGAUUUAUUUGAGACAGAGUCAAUCAUUCUGAAAUGUAUGGCUGAGGAUGGAUCUUCUGGAUGGAAGUAUGAGUGGGCAAAAGAAAAUAAGGGAAUGCUUGAAAAGCUGAAGAACACCCCUGGCAGCAAUGGAGAUACAUACAGAAUCAUCUCUGUUAAAGAGUAUGACAGUGGAAUUUACUGGUGUCAAGCUGAUAGAGGGACUGAAAAAACUGAGAGUGCAUCAUGCACCUUAAACGUCUUAAAGGGGCAUCCAGGAGUUUCAAUUACUCUGCAACCACCUUUCACAAAAGUUUAUGUGGGAGAGUGGAUCAGUCUAAAGUGUGAGGUGAAAGAAAUGUCUGCUGGCUGGAAAUAUUUCUGGAGUGGUGGCUCAGAUUCAAACUUAAUUCAAGCUCAAUACAUACCUGAUGCCACUGCAAUUGGAACCGAACUGAGAUUUAAACCAGUGAAUUUAUCUCAUCAAAUGCUGUACUGGUGUCAAGCUUUGAGGAAUUCAUUUCAGUCUACUUCAUCCUCCUUCCUUCUUAAAAUAACUGACAAAGUGCCUAUGGUUCUAUUAUCUAUACAGACCUUAAAAGGACCUAUUUUCUCAGGAGAAACUGUAUCUAUGAAGUGUGAGCUGGAUGGAGAUUCUACUGGCUGGAUCUAUAUCUGGUACAAGGGCAUGGAGCAUAAUUCUAAGUUUCAUACCAAUAGUAGUAGAGAUCCUGCUGGAUCCAAUUAUAUCAUUACCCAAAGCAGGAUCUCAGACAGUGAUGUAUACCGAUGCCAAGCAGAGAGACCAGCAACACAUUUUUUCUCCAAGUUUAGUGAAACAGCCACUUUAAAAAUAUACAAUACGCCAAAACCUCGUCUGACUAUUGAGACAAAAUGGAUGAAGGUAUACCCAACAGAAAAAGUGUCUUUAAAGUGCAAGAUUGAAAAUUUUACCAGUGACUGGAUUUACACAUGGUACAAAGAUGGCAUUGAACAAAACACCUGCAGGAAUAGCCAAACCUGCUCUGUCUACACUAUUAACUCUGUGGCAGAGCAGCACAGUGGAAAUUAUACUUGUCGUGCUAAUGCUCACUCAAGGUAUUCAGAAAUAAGUGACCCUCUUUCACUUCAUGUUUUUAGUAAGUACCACCUCUGCUUUCACUGAAACUAAAAAGCUAAUGGUUUCUGUAGUCAUGGCUCACCAGCAAAUGACCAAC